AUGGACCACGACAACAACCGUCUUCGACUGAACUUUCAGUUCGACAACCAACAUAAUUACGAUGCUGCCAAUGCUCGGAUGUAUCCUACCACUCCAUCCACUUUUCCUCAGCCGAUCUAUGGCACUCAACAACAGGAAUAUGGGAGUGGUCUUGUGUCUCCAAACCCCAACGCGAAUGCUGGCUAUUUCUUGAAUCAACAGUACCCAUCUCAGUCACACCAGGCUCAAUACCAGCAGCAAUAUCAGUACCAGCCCCAAGGUGGUCUUCAAUCUCCCCAACCAGCCUACCAAACCAACUCGCGGCCCUACAUGGCGAACAACAAUGAUGCAACAAGCGGUCUCAUUCAACAAUUUUCCAACCAAGACUUGGGGGCGACACCACGUGUCAAUACUAACCGCACUCCAUCACCUGCCAUGUCGCGUCCACGGACAGCUGGCGAAACUAGACAAGUCCAGAAUCCCUACCAAAGUCAUCUGGCGCCACCGAUGCCGAGACCCUCACCAAAGCCUGAAGAGGAGGAACAACCGAACCCACGCAGAUACUCGGACAAUGUCCUGAAGCGAGGUACGGCCGCUAAGCAACUGGUCAACAGUUUCUUCCAAGAGAAUAUUGAGCGAGCCAGGGAUAGGAAUAGUCGUGCCAAGGAGUUGGAGGCCCUGCUCAAGAACCCAGCCGUCAGCGAGAUUGAGAAACAGAAGGAAAUGAACACACUCGCGCAGAAGGAGGCACGCUUCCUACGCUUUAUUCGGACACGAGAAGUGCCCUCGAACUUUACCACCAUCAAGGUCAUUGGCAAAGGAGCCUUCGGAGAGGUCAAAUUGGUGCAACGCAAGACUGAUGGGAAGAUCUAUGCUUUGAAGUCUCUGAUAAAGUCGGAAAUGUUCAAAAAGGAUCAGCUGGCUCACGUCCGGGCAGAGCGAGAUAUUCUGGCGGAUUCCAAAGACAAUCCAUGGCUGGUCAAGCUGCAUGCCUCAUUCCAGGACAACACGUACUUGUACAUGUUGAUGGAAUUCUUGCCGGGUGGUGAUCUGAUGACUAUGCUGAUCAAAUACGAAAUCUUCUCGGAAGACAUCACACGGUUUUACAUGGCCGAGAUUGUCAUGGCUAUUGAAGCUGUGCAUAAGCUUGGUUUUCUCCAUCGUGACAUCAAGCCUGACAAUAUCCUACUAGAUAGAGGCGGUCAUAUCAAGUUGACUGACUUUGGUCUCUCUACCGGUGGUCGCAAACAGCACGAGAACUCGUACUACCAGGCACUUCUCAAGGCAGGCGCCAACGACAAGUCCGGCAACCGAAAUUCGAUGGCUCUAAAUGAGCAGAUCAACUUGACGGUCAGCAACCGGGGUCUGGUGAAUACCUGGCGGAAGUCUCGUCGUCACAUGGCUUACUCGACAGUGGGAACUCCGGAUUACAUUGCUCCUGAAAUUUUCCUUGGUCAAGGUUACACUUAUCUGUGCGACUGGUGGUCCGUGGGAGCUAUUAUGUUUGAAUGCUUGGUUGGUUGGCCACCCUUCUGCGCCGAAGACACACACGACACCUAUCGCAAGAUCGUCAAUUGGCGUGAAUCACUAUAUUUCCCAGAUGAACUGGUCUUGGGUCGAGAUGCCGAAGACAUGAUUAGAAGUUUCCUUUGCGAUGCCAAUGAUCGGUUGGGCAAAGAAGGGGGUGCACACGACGGCGCGUCGUCCAUCAAGAGACAUCCUUUCUUCCGAGGUGUGGUGUGGGAUCAAUUGCGAAAAAUCCGGGCACCAUUCGAACCGAAGCUGUCAUCAAACAUCGACGUCAGCUACUUCCCUAUCGACGAGAUUCCUCAGGAGGACAACAGCGCCAUGCAUCGUGCGCAUGCCAAGCAGAUCUCGCCAGAACAAGACGCCGAAAUGAGCCUACCCUUUAUUGGAUACACCUAUAAAGCGUUUACUGCAUUCCAGAACUCAUAG